AUGAGUGAUCGGAGCCAACCUGCCGAUGUCACACGGCCCAGCUAUUGCUCGGGAAACGAGGUUGCUUCCAUUAGUUGGCAAAGACAAGGGCAGGGUACAACAUACUUGUCAACAACGUCCACUAGCACCCAUGGAAGGUUUCAGUCGACAAGAGAGCGACGCAGUGCCAACAAUGGCGCCGUAAGACGUUCAAAUUCAACAGCAUCGGCACAGGGACAAGGCAGGGAUAGCACACUGUCCAGGCUUCGAUCAUCAGAGGGAGAGUCAGCUGUACCUAGGUUGUAUCCGGGGUUGAAGGGAAGGCGGAAUGUGGAUUUUUUCCAUCUGAGACAAGGCAUGAAUCCUGCAGCUCAUCGCCAACAACCGUCCAUGCCAGAACCACAAGAGCAGCAGCGGUCAUCCCAAGAGAGCACACUACUAGACGAACCCAAUGCCGUGGAUGGUCAUGAUGUCGCGCACCAGAGAAGCGAAUUUGACACAACAACCGGCGAGGCAAGUACCGGCAUAGCCGUUGCUGCCACCUCAACUUCGUUUGACCAGACCACGGAACGUAGAACGGGUGACGAGGAUUUCACUGGUACCACGGACGCAACCACGGGCACAGUCAACGCAACUGAAGUGAGUGCUGACAUUCCAUCUUUGACAUCAUAUGAGGACAAAAACAAACUGCAACAGUCGGACCCACCGUCUCGGGAUCUCCCAGUAUCAAGUGGUCACUCUAGUGCCAUCGCUGCGGGUGUCACUCCUUCGUCACCGUUGAAUGCCGGCGUGCAUCAUCAACAACAACAAAGCACCCCAUCGGAAACUCCAGAUCUGUCUGGAGCUUUUUCUACGACCAGUACUAGUACUGUGAGCGUGCCUGGUGCCUCGUUCAAUGCUGACAAUAGCAUGUACGUGCGCAAGGCGGGACUCGGCGGCGGCCGUCGCUCUUCGGAAACAGCCAACAACCUACAGCAGCAAACGCCUCCCAGCCUCCAAAGGUACGCUUCCGUCGGUACUGGCGACAGCAGUAUCCGCACUCCGGGGCUUCGAAGAUUCCAGUCCGUUGGCGGUGCCACUGGAAGCAACGAAGGAGGCUCGCCGCAUCCACGACGUGUGCCAGGCCUUCGAAGGCGGGAAUCCAUCGAAAGUGGUGCUCUUGGCACCAUCAGCGGCGACAACAACCCCAUUGGCCCUCGAGAACCAAAUUUCAGACGACACGAAUCUGUCGGCAACAGCACCAUCAGCACAGUCAGCACAGUCAGCACAGUCAGCAAUGGCGGAGGAGGAGCUAGCGUUCCUGGAGCAUCAUUCAGCACAGACAAUGGGUUUAUUGCCAGAAAGGCUGCUUUGUCGAUGCGCAGAAGUCGAAUGGAGGAUACAUCAAUGGACGGGAGCUCCUACAGCAUUGACAGCAUGAAUGCCAGUAUGGUCAGUGUUCCUGGCGCCUCUUUUUCCACAGAUAAUGGCGCUUACGCCAGAAAGGCUGGAUUGAGAGGGCGAGCAUCUGUCAGGUCAAACAGAAGCUUUUCAAGCGGUGCCAGCUCUGCCAGCAGCGGUGCCAUGGAGGAUGAAUCUAGCCGGAGCAUGCCAGGAGCUUCAAGGGAAAACGAUGGGGAACAAGCGUCGGCGAAAGAAGGCAAGCAUAUGGCACGUUCACAAGAUAGUCUCAGGACUGUAGAUGAAAAUAUCAAGAUGAGAGGAGCGGGCGGGACUCCAAAUUCUAGUUUCCGAUACCAGCCUGGUUCGUCAAUAAGGUCGGUGGGAAGCGGAACGCAAACCAUGCAGGGACGAGAAGACUCCUACAGAGCACAAAUGGAUGGAAGCAUUGGAACCGCCACCACGGAUCAUAAUAUAGAAGAACUUGAAGAAAGAUAUCGCGCGAAAGUCGGUGCUGAGAGUCGUCCUGGGGCUGUGAGCAGCAACGACACCCAAGCUGCAGACGCAAUCAACGCCAAGCUUGAGCGCCACUUUGGGCCCACCUUGGAAAGUCAAGAGCAAGAAAGAGGAGACCGUUUCAGUCAUAUCAGCCUUCUCAGCCCUCGUCGUCCCGAGUCGACCACAUUGUCUCUACCUCCCACGAUUAGUAUUCGAGCAUCCGUAGAAGAGGACGAAGUCAGCGAAGAACUUGACAGAGAAGAAUUUGACAUGGAAUUCGAAGCUGAAGUCGUGCCCGUUGCGCGUUCCCAAGGAAACUUGCCACGAGAGCUCACGGUUGAUCAAGAUGUGGCCAGAGAACAAGCGACUUUUCCAAUUGGUGAUAACAAGGAGAGACUUUGGUUCUUCACGCCUACAGGCAUCGGCGUGACCUGUGCUAUAGUUGUCGUGGCGAUCAUUGCUAUUGUCGCUGCUGUGGCUACUCGAAGCAAGGGAUCAGACGAGGUAAACUAUGAUGAAGUAAUAGCCGACGCAGGACUACCAUUCACAAACACAUUGCCUUCAGCAACCCAGGCUAUUCUGGAGGAGCAAGAUCCCGACGCUCCUCAGUACAUGGCGUAUCAAUGGCUUCAAGAAGAGGAUUUAUUUCUUGGAUACCCUCUGUGGAGAAAGCAGCAACGGUUUGCGAUGGCAACAAUCUACUUUGCACUGUAUCACUCCGAGGAAGACCAAGACAUGCCUUGGUUCGAGCAUGACACGGACGAAUGCGACUGGCUGUGGAGCGUGGAUGACCUCUCAAAAUGCGAUUCCUCUGGCCGUUACGAGAUCCUAUCGUUGCGCUUGGAUUACCGUGGUUCUGGCGAUGAAAUCUUGGUAAACGGCUGCCGAGGACCCAACGACAACUGUACAGUCGCUGAGAAUGGGUCCCCACCUCGUCACGAGAUUCCUCCAGAGAUUGGAUUGUUGUCCAUUGAGCAGCUCAACGUUGCGCAUGUUAAGUCGACGACUCCGCUGUCCAAUAUUUGGCCAGCCGAGCUAUUCAAUUUGACCAACAGCUUGGUCCAAUUGACAGCGAAAGAAUCGCGUGGUCUGACUGGAACAAUUCCAACCUUUGUGGGUUUGCUGUCAAACCUUGAAGUGCUGUCAGUUGAACAGACAUCGGUUACAGGGGGCAUCCCGACUCAGAUAGGUGAAUGCCGCAAUCUACAAGAGUUGAUUGUCAGCGAGAAUCCUUCUCUCUCAGGCAGGCUGCCAACAGAGUUAGGAAUUAUGAGCAAUCUCGAGCUAAUGUGGAUUUUUGACAACCAAAACUUGACCGGCCCUGUUCCGUCUGAGUUUGGCACCAUGCCAAACCUCCUUUUCUUAUCUCUGGAUGGCAAUGAUCUGACAUCCACGAUCCCAACCGAGCUUGGGCUCGCUACGACGCUGAACGAAUUUCGUUUGGGUCGGAAUGACUUGAGCGGAACAGUUCCUUCAGAGUUGGGGGCUUUAUCAAAUUUGCGAACUUUCGCUUUACAGGACAAUGAUAAGCUUUCAGGGACGAUGCCACUGCUCCUUUGCAAGCUUGAUAUUUUGAUGUUCCAAUACUUCGUCGACUGCACAAGGAUCGAGUGCUGCACUAGUUACUAG